UGGCUGGGAUUCGCUGCACACCAGCUCCUGGACGGGGCCAGGGAGCCUUUUUCUGCCUGGGAUGAAGAACUUGAACAGAAACUCAUUGCUGGCUUCCUCCUUGAGCAAGCUGUGUGUGACUCCCAGGCCCCCGUGCUCCCCCAGGACAGCAGGACGCACAAAAGACCUGCAUGACCCUCCACUGAGAGCCAGGCUGGAGGCGGAUUCUGAGGGCAGAAGGGGUGUGAGGAAUCCCUUGGCCUCACCCUUCUUCUGACUCUUGCGGUCCCAGGUGUUGGGGUCCUGAGGAGCUGUGACGAUGGAGGUUCUCCCCAAAGUCCUGGAGGUGGAUGAGAAGUCCCCGGAGUCCAAGGACCUGCUGCCCAGCCAGACCGCCAGCUCUCUGUGCAUAAGCUCCAGGAGUGAGUCUGUCUUGACCGCCGCCCCCAGGAGUAACUGGGAAAUCUACCGCAAGCCCAUCGUCAUCAUGUCCGUGGGCGGCGCCAUCCUUCUCUUCGGCGUGACCAUCACGUGCUUGGCCUACACCCUGAGUCUGGGUGAAGUGAGCGUUCAAGUCCUUAAGAUGACAGGGCCUGCUUUCCUGUCCCUGGGACUCAUGAUGCUGGUAUGCGGGCUGGUGUGGGUGCCCAUCAUCAAAAAGAAACAGAAGCAGAAACAGAAGUCCAUGUUCUUCCAGAGCCUCAAGUCCAUCUUCCUAAAUCGCUGACGGUGGCCUCACCUUUGGUCCUCCCCAUCAUCCUGCCACCUCAACCAGGAGAAGGAGAUCUGAUGACCAAAAUCCAACACCCAUCUCCUUGGAGGUGGGGUUUGCCAUGACAAUGACGCGGGCGCACCCUCGUCCAGGGUCUGUGGGGAAGGGAGGGCGCACAGGGCUCCUCCCUCCGUGUAGCUGGGGCGCGUUGCUGGAUGUAUCUCAUUUAAUGUCUGUCAUCACUGAUGCUUCCCUUAGAUCCUGCCCCCAGCCACCCCCUUUCCUGGCUCUCACUCCUCGUGAUGCAUUCAGGAGUCACUCAGCCAACUCUCCCAGCCAAGUGCUAUGCAUGUCGGGAAAUUCCUUGGGGUG